UGAAUAUUGCACACCCUCCGAGACACCCCGGACAUGGUCAGUGUGCCGUGCAGCUGCAGAUGCAUCGCAGAUGUGGAAGAGGCCAAAGAGUCAGUCAGGCUUACGCUGCCCGGGGCGGGCUUGGAGGUCGGUGCCCGUCAUGACCUGUAAGGUGACUUGGUGAGUGAGGUGGCUUGGCUCCCUCCAACAGUGGGCCGCCGCCUAUAGCCACUUCACUAGAAUACUAAAUACAGGGCUGCCUUUUAGCUCAUCAGUCCCCGCUCCGACUUCACCGGCACCAGCACCACCAGCGGCUUUUAAGUUACCCACCACCACCACCACCUACUACCCAACCCCAAAGUAUAUCAUCUCCCCACACCACCUGCACCCUCCAUUUCCCCUUCCCUCUUCUUCUUCCUUCUUUACGAGCAAUUCGUCCUACGUUCUCUUUCUUCUUACUCGGUUGCGGCAGCUUAGCAGGCGAUUUCACCUCAAAAGAUCAGACAAGAUAAUAUUAUAGUACCGCCAUCAACCUCUACUAUCCUAUCUACCCAUCUACUCCGAAUCCCUGCUCUGCUCCGUCUUCCGACGUUUCCCUUUUUGAUAUAUUAUUGUUCGAUAUCACUUGCCCCGUAUUCCGCCUUCAACCCGCGGUAAACGCAACGCCCAACGCCGACGUUUGACGUUUAUUAAAACGUCCCGUUACCGUUCUACGAUACCCGCCCCCUCGUUCCGCCCUAGCGAUAGACGUAGACACCCCUGCGCUCCGCUCCGCUUCGCUUCACUAACAUGCCCGUCCAACUACUUCCGGCGUCGGCCGCCGCUUUCGCUCCCCGGGCUUCAUCAGUCAACGUUGUCUUGGGUUCAAAAGUCGAGCCUUGGCUUACACAGACUCUCAAGCGCAUCAACCGAGUCAAGCGUCCUCUCAACUCUGUACCUCAGCAUCAGCGGUGUCUUACCGAGACUCUCUCAUCACCGAACGCCAUCUGGACCUUGACCUCUCUCAUGCUGCCCAAGACCCCCGAGUCAGACUUCAAGCGUGAUGCCAGCAACCCUCUGGUCGAGGCCAUCAUGAACUACGAGCUCGUACAUGUUGAGGCUUACAUUGUCCAUGUCGACAUGGUUCUGCGAAAUGAGGUCGCCUACAAGCUCACCAAGGACACCAUCGAUGCUCUCGUUGAGUACCACAAGGAAAUUCACUGUGUCGAUGCAAAGGCCAACACAUACGACUGGACAGACAAGGAGCAGCAAUGCAAGAAGCUUCACGACGAUUUUGUUCAAGACAUCAACAAGUUUGUCUUCCGCACCCACGUCUCUGCUCUUGAGGGUCUCGAGGAGGAGGGCGCUGGUGAACUCCUCUGCGGCAAGAGCGAGGAGGUCAAGAACUGCAUCAGUGCUCUUAUGAAGCCCCUGCUACCUCCUCCCCCUCCUCGUGUCGUCGAAGUUGUCCGACAACCUACACUGCUCCCUAGCUCUCCUGUCAACAACAUGUGGUCGCAACAUGGUCUCCACGGCAAUCUUGCUGCUGUUGACUCAUGGAGGGUGCUUCCCUCAAGCCCCAGCGUCACAUCAUCGGCCGACUCAAACACAAGUCCUAUCUGGGCACCCAUGACCAUGGAUGAUCUGUCACCUACUCCCGCCUUCACCCAGCCUCACUCUACGGCCGGCUUCUUCUGGAGCUCGCCUCAAGUGACAGCACCCAUCCCCGCCCUCCCUCUUCCUAGUAUGCUCGCCCCUGCUCAAUGUGGCGUCGGCAUGGGCAUGACAGGAAUGGGAGGCAUGGGCGGUUUGGGAGGCUUUGGCUGGGAUCGGUACCAAGAGUAUGCGACCAUCAUGUGACAACCAGGGCCCCAGGACAGCUAUCCAGUGGUGACGACCUCGAGCUAUUAAUACUGCACCAAUCCCUUCCUCGUUUCCCGGAGAAAAGUUGAAGCUCUCAAAUUUCGCAGCGGCAUAGAACUAUCAUCCAUCAUGGGCACGGCAUAUCGGCGUUUUAUUGCAUCAGGAACGGUGUUUCGAACCAUUUUUUAUAAGAAUAUCCCCUCUCGCAUUGUUUUUAUUCUUUUUUUUUUAUCUUUCCCUUUGUCUUCAUAGCAAGCGUUCUUUUAGUUUCGGGGAAUCUGGUCUUAUCAUUCCUCUCCGGGAAACGCUCUUCAACGGUCGUUCACAUAAACUCUCUAUCGUCUCUGGACUUUUCUUUCAUCUACCACAACACCACAUGGCUGGAUCCGGGGCCGGGUAUUUGGAUGCAUUUGCAACUGGGCAGGGAUCUGAUACAGGCGGCUUGUUUUCUUUGGCCUUUUUCCUUCCGUCAUCUUUGGUUCUCAAGAAAAAGACGUACACGCAGCAAUGCACGACGCUCGGCUCUAGUCCGAGACAGAAACUUCUCUGCGGAUUCUUCGCUGAUAUCCCCGGGACUUUCUUUUUCCUUCUUUUCCCCCUGUUUUCUUUAUCUGUUCGGUUUAGAGAGGCUUCUUGGAAGAUACCCCUACAAACAAGGACGACACACAACUGAUACACUCACUUCGCUUCGUUCUUUGGCUUGUUUCCCGAUUCACGACGAUAUUAUUUUAAUGACGACCUCUUCUACGACUCGAUGACGAAUGACUACUUCUUUUCAGACAUGAUACGAUUUACGAGCGGAAUCACAAAUAAUCGGCUUGAUGUCGAAACCUGACUUCUUUUCGAAAGAGUAUCGAGCACUGAACCUCACGCUUCAUUCGGCACGAUGUCUAGCCUCCAGGAUGGUCACUGGACUGGAUCCAGGACAUUGCAUCUGAACGUAAGGCCGUCUCGACUACAUCGCGUACGCCACCAAGGGAAUAUCUGGGAUAUACCCAUAAAGGCUUGGCACUGGCUGUCAAACGGGAUCACCACCCUGCGCCGAUCGACCUUCAGUCUUCGGUGUAAGGAGAACGGAAAGACGGAGUGAAAUCAUGGGAUUCUUCCAAUGAGCUGGGCACUGUAUCUCUGCUGGGCGGAGUCAGCUGCACAGCCUCUGUCUAACCCGAUCUGCUCCAGCCAGCCAUCCCCUGCACCCAACAGCCCUGUCCGCAGGUGCCCCCAUCGCCCUGAAUGUGAAUGAACACACGCUGCCGAGUUGAGGUGAGAACCGCUGCGCCGUUUGAGCCUGCUAGACGGGUCUCGGCCGGUGGAGGACGCCGCUUCGAGGAUAAACCUGUGGUUGCUCACAUUUGGGUGAUGGAAUGACUGGGAUAGGGCAGGGAUGGCUGAGGGCAGAAUGUAGGAUCAUCUCCCUACAAACCUCUCGCGCCAGAUGAGUCAACACGCAGCUUGGCCUGCCCGACUCAUCACAAUGCGGAGAGGUAGCUGUAAGAGAGGAGGGAACAGUUACUGCUGAGCAGUGCACUCCACCUUCUCCGGACCUUUGAGUCCAUCGGCUGAAGAUGCUGGUAUCUAAGUGGCGUGGAAGGGAAACAGGAUACGCCCUGGUGGCGGUUCCCUUGCACAAGGACAAGUCUGCUUUGCUACAACGAUUCCCUGCUCGUUGUCUUGUCGUUGCAGUAUUAGUUAAUCUGAACAAAAAAAAAUAUGUUCAAAUAUUUGAGGUCUCCCUUUUGUUGUGAUGUAUUUUGUGACAUAUCACGAAGAGUCAUUGAAAGAAAGCUUCAGAAGAUUUGGAUAGGAUUAAAUAUUAUUUCAUAUCCGCGUCCCAGCCUAAAUCUAUAACUUCCGUCUAGAUAAACUCCGUCUAUGUAACUAUACAGGGUAUUUUUCAACUUUUCCUCCAUCAUAUCGAGUCAUUAAAACCCAGAGAACAAUGCCCCUGACUCUCCAUCGCUCAGUCCCGGAUAGCAAACGCCUCCCUGGCAGUCUUGCUACUACGUGCCAGACGCUCACCAUAUCUGAUGAAAACAAAGGGAAUGACACCCAUCGCCAGAGCAAUGAAUGCGAGGACCGAAGGCGCCCAGUGAAACCCCAAGUUAUUAUACAUGCUGUCCGCGGCGAGGGGUAGCGUGGUGGCCCCGAUAGAUCGCAACAUGGCAGCAGCGCCGAGGGCAGAGGCAGAAUGACUUCGGAACACGUCGGUGAGAUAGUUGGUCAUUCCCAUGAAGAGGAGCUGGAAACCGAGGCCGAAGAAUAUACCGCCGAGGCUCGGAAUGAUGGGAGACAUGGAGUCCCAGACCGUCCAGCCGAGCCAGAAGAGAGAAAUCACCAUGCUGAAGAUAGUCAGUUGCAGUUGAUAACAGGGGACAGUGGGGGAACUCACCAAGGAGAAGCAAUGCACGCAAGAGGAAGUCUUCGAUAGAUAUGGUUCUUUGUCCAUUCAGCACCAGCAGCAGUUUGCCUGUCAUGGUAUCGGGUAUAAAUUGCGAAGACACCCAGAGACAGUAUAACACCAACGCAGACUAAUGCCAUGUUAGUAUAGAGACGUCAAGUAUAGCGGAUGAGACUCACAUGGGAUAUAUGCAAGCCCUGCCAUGCCGGGAGAAAGACCAUAGAAUCCUAGUCGACAUUUAGAUCGUUUGACUGAGCCGGGGGUAGAUAUCAACAUACCUUGGAAAACACGAGGAUACGCCUGAAACAUGAGAUAAAAGACAGAGUAGGCUAAAGUCAGAUACACCGAAGUAGAUGCAAGGAU